AUGGCACCACAUCUUGAUAACGAUGCAGCUACGGCAAAUAGAGCACCUGCCGAAAUAAAACUGGUUACGAUAUCGGCUGCAAACCUUUUGAAUGGUGACAAGCAGACCCAAGAUGAUCUGUUGGACGCUUGUACAUCCCUGGGAUUUUUCUAUCUGGAUUGUCGGGACCAUCCAUUUCAACCCACUAUGAGCCUGGUAGACAAGGUUUCAGCCAUGGCACUCGAAUUCUACGAUCUCCCUCUGGCUUCCAAGGAGCAAUGGACCAAAUUGUCUUUUGACGAGGUCAAGGUUGUGCCUUUCGCAUACAAACCAGUUGGCAAACAAGAAGGGGCCGUGAAGGGCAAAAAGGAUGGGUGGGAAGGAAUUAUAAUGAUGGAAGCCCCGAUGGCCCAGGUUCCUCCAAUUUCUCCCUUCCCGGGACCGAAAGUCCUUCAAGAUUCCAGGAGUCUUAUCCAAGAGACUCAGAGCCACCUUGGCCAGCUCAGUCGAGCAAUGGUCGAAAGCCUUUCACGCUCACUGGGCAUGGCCGGCAGCAGGAGCCUAACCCAUUAUCAUCAGACAGACAUCUCCGCUCCAAGUGACCUCGAAGUUCUGAAGUAUCUGCCGUACACCCCUGGUUCUGAGAAUGUUGGCCAUAUUCCUCAUACAGAUCUGGGCAGUAUCUCUAUGGUUUUCUCGGAAGUUGGUGGCCUACAGGUCUUUCACCCCAUCCAGGAGGAGUGGAUGUUCGUCCCACCAAAGCCAGGCCAUGCAGUAUGCAAUAUUGGAGAUUCCAUGGAGUUCUUUUCAGGGAAUGUGCUGCGAUCCUCACUGCACCGUGUCGUCCCUUACACACAAGAUCCAGGCAGAACCAAACUCUCCAUCAUCCACUUCUUGCGGCCGAAUGGGGAUACCGAAUUCACCGGUGCAGAUGGACAGCAGUGGAAGGUCUCUGACUGGAAUACGAUGAAGCAUAAACAGUUCUACGAGCGUCAACACCGUCUGGAUAUUGUGACCCGUCGGGAGGGACAGAAUGACUUUUGGCAAGAAAAGGCUGUGGCGGCGUAG